GAGGUGCCCCGGUGUGCGCCGCGCUAGUUUCCCUGGUUCCCGGGCUGUGGGUGCCGGGCCCGGGGCCCCUCCCUGCUCGAAGCCCCUCCAGCGAUUUGUUUAGGGAAAGUGAUGACUCGAACUAGUAGUGGAGAAUCGCAGGCGCUGGUCCCCGCCCUGGGGAGGGAGGGAGCUCCGGAGAGCUUGUGAGAUCUGGAAGCAGGCUCCAGGGCUCAGCGCCCCAAAAGCCGGAGAGGCAGGAUCUGGGGGCAGGGCGCAGGGUGGGGGAGCAGGGGCUUGGGAGCUGCUUGAAUGCCGCCCUGUGACCGCCGAGAUGAGGGAACAGCCCUUAUUUGCCAGGCUCUGAUUCUCGAGGCCGACGUGGCUGUGGAAUGCAAAAGCCAGAACAUGAUGGAAACAGGACUGGAAGAUCCUGUCAGAAUGCCCGAGGAAAGUUCUCCCAGGAAGACCCCGCAGAGCGUCCCCUACCAGGACCUCCCUCACCUGGUCAAUGCGGAUGGGCAGUACCUCUUCUGCAGGUACUGGAAGCCCACGGGCACACCCAAGGCCCUCGUCUUUGUGUCCCAUGGAGCCGGAGAGCACUGUGGCCGCUACGAUGAGGUGGCCCAGAUGCUGGUGGGGCUGGAGAUGCUGGUGUUCGCCCACGACCACGUUGGCCAUGGACAGAGCGAAGGAGAGAGGAUGGUAGUGUCAGACUUCAGCGUUUUCAUCAGGGAUGUGUUGCAGCACGUGGAUGUCAUGCAGAAAGACUAUCCGGGGCUUCCUGUCUUCCUGCUGGGCCACUCCAUGGGAGGUGCCAUCGCCAUCCUUACGGCUGCGGAGAGGCCUGGCCACUUCUCUGGCAUGGUCCUAAUUUCGCCUUUGGUCAUCGCCAAUCCUGAGUCCGCAACAACUUUUAAGGAUUAUUCGAAGAUUUUGAAAAACUUGAUGGAACCAGCAUUCAGAGUGGUAAAUACUUGGAGUCCACGUCCUUUAUGGGUCCUUGCUGCAAAAGUUCUCAACCUGGUCAUGCCAAACAUGUCCCUGGGCCCGAUCGACUCCAGCGUGCUUUCUCGGAAUAAGGCAGAGGUGGACAUUUACAACUCAGACCCCCUCAUCUGCCGGGCAGGACUGAAAGUGUGCUUCGGCAUCCAGCUCCUCAAUGCCGUCUCAAGGGUGGAGCGGGCCCUCCCCAAGCUAACCUUGCCCUUCCUGCUGCUCCAGGGCUCCGCUGACCGCCUGUGCGACAGCAAAGGGGCCUACCUGCUUAUGGAGUCCGCCAAGAGCCAGGACAAGACACUCAAGAUUUACGAAGGUGCCUACCAUGUUCUCCACAAAGAACUUCCUGAAGUAACCAACUCUGUCUUCCAAGAAAUAAACCUAUGGUUCUCUCAAAGGACAGCGGCAGCGAGAAAGGUGUCCCCGCCCUGAGCGCACUGGCCAGGCGGCUGUCCCACAGUCGGGGAAGCGGGCAGAGGAAGGGCAGAAGCUGGCUUUGCAGAUGUGGUUUGCAAAAAAAAAAAAAAAAAAAACACACAAAACAAAACUAUAAAUUGGAGGAUUCCCUAGUGCAAUUUACUUUAAAAAGAAAAAAAGAGAAAAAACCGACUGUUGUCCUAUGUUAGGCUGUCCGCCCUUGAGUCUACCUUAACUAAGGGUAGACACUUUAUGCAAAAACAGAGGAAGAUUCGGGUAGUUUCCCAGUGAGGGCAUGGGCUGAAAUGCCCUUCAAGCACGCAAAGCCUCUGCCCCACCUCUCCCGGCUCCCACAAAGGUGCCCAGGAAUUCCUGGUGUUCCGGGGACCCCUGACUGCAAUAAUUGGAGGAGUUUCCCCUCCUGCCCACUCCUCCACCCCGAGCCCAGCACCCCUCUCCCACCAGCCUUGCUCGGUGGCCUUUUACUGGCUGUGGGAUGAGGUGGCCAGCGCCGGCUCCCCCAGGCGGCCUCACAUGCCCUCCAAGGCCCAGAAAAUGCCCAGUACUUCCUCAAAGGCCAUGACCCACGUCAGGCCUUGUCCACCCAGAGCUGGGUGUUGGUGUGGGCUGCAGCUUGGUCCACAAGAGACCAGGCAGGAAGAUGUUCCUUCCUGCAGGGGGCUGAGGCCGCCGCCCAAGCGCUGUAUAUAUUCGGGGGCUGCCUUUCCUCCUGUGACUGAUUUUACCUGACACCACAAGAGGACAGUUGUAUUGCAGAUGAAAUAUCUAAUAUAUAAUGUAUAUUCUAAAGCAGAGACUAUUUUGGGGG